AUGGGUCUCUUAAGAGUUCGUUUCCCUGGCAAAGGCGACAAGACAAAAGCCAUCUCCGGCAAAACUGUCCACGCAACUCCCGAAUUUUCGGCCGUCAAAGAUGCCCGAAAGGGCACAUCGCAGUGGAAGGACCAAGAUGCUGAUAUCGAGAUGGAGGAUCUCUUCCAAAAAGCAGUGAUCUCCGGAAGACACGCUCCCGCGAUCGGUUUUGAUAGGGUCUCGUCGAAGCAAGACUCCUCUAUGCUGAAGAAGUUUAUGAGGUGCAAGGGACAUCAACAUCCCUUGGAUGAAUUCUCCGACAAGAUCCGCCGAAAUCUUCACCGAGAAUCGACGAUUCCGACAGUUACAUCUAAAGAAUGCAAUGGCGAGAUUGGCUGGUUUGCGACUCCUGAUCUUGUGAGCGAAAGAGGAUACGACAGCGAUGCUCAGUUCAUUUCCACUCCUAUGGUGUCUGAUCGGAGUCCUGGGUCAGCCCGUACGACUAAUUUACUGGAGCCAAUAACUGGCUCGAAUCGGUCCGACGUGUACGAUCAAUCUUCGACUAAAACAGCUGGAAAACAUGAGAUACUUUUUUCGGCCACUGCGGGCAUCCAGUCUCGUGUAGAGGAGAGAAUGGACUGCGCGACUCAGACAUCAGUUUACGAAAGUGAGACGAGUAAUAACCCAUCUACACCCCAGCGUUCAUACUCUUUGGUAGUCACCAAAAGACGAAACGCUAGAGGCCGUCAAUCCCCGAAUGUUCAUCCUCGCUCUUUUUGUGCAGCUGAUACCAUUCAGGAGUAUGCGAAAGGGUUCGUUGUUCAGAGGAACACUACAACGCAAAGCAAGUUCACGGAGAGAUUCGAACUCUGCAAUUUAGCAAGUUCUGUACAUCUCCGUGACCCGAACGCCGGCAAUUCUCGGAAAGUCAGUGUUGCAUGGAUGUCGGAUGGCCGUCGGUUUGGCUAUGGGUACUCUUUCGUUCACAACGAUGAAGAUGGCGCCACGACGCAUGGCGUGAAUUCCAUGGCAGAGAGGGCCAAAAAACGGAAGGUAUUUGAGCAACUCGGUGAAUCUCAAAGCCCACAGCCAAGCGAGGGUGGUGAGGCUUUGGGUGAUCGGAACGGCAGAUUCUCCCUUUGGUACAGGUUCCCAAGCCAUACAAGAGCCGACAGAAACGGAUCGGCAACUUUCAACGACGACGUGAUUGUUCGCAAUUUCUAUGCGGGCGCUUCACCGAAAACAGAUACCUGCGAUGCGGAAAAGAAGAAAGCUCAGCCUGCCACCAAACAGAAAGAUCGGAAUUCCAUCCGUCAAUGGGCCAAGCCAAGUGGCCUGCAAGGGAUCGAGGUGCUGAGGUAUCGUGCGGGUCUGACCGUAGACGCAGCUCGCUCUCGCGUAUCAAAACUUCCAGAACUCGAGAUCUUCCCGUUUUGGUCACAUGCCCAUAAAGAGGAAUCAGGAGAUCACGAAAAGGAAGACAAGCGGGCGAGAAAGUGA